AUGACUGAUGAUUACUUCUACCUCAUGCGAGUCGUGCCUACAACCUCCGUCAGCGUGUCAAUGCAAUACGAAGUCUACCGCCACAAGAAUGCUACCGACGAAGCCUUCAAUGACAUUGACAAUUUUUUCAAGCAAAUAGAGGGCGAAGAUAAGUUCUUGUGCACGAACGCGCAGAAGAACCUGAUCGCUGGAGGAUAUGUUUCUGGUCCACUUCACCCACAUAACGAGAAGGGCGUGCUGCACUUCCAGUCGUUGGUUAAGGAUAUUUUAACAGAUCAUCGGGCCCUCGAGAGGAAGAGUGGUGUAGAUAUUGCUCCAGCGCGCAGAAUGCCGGCGAAUAACAAGACCCAGGAGGAGGAUGUCUUCUGUGCGAGCUUAUGUGACAUAGGAGGCGAUACCAAGGGUCUGGUCUGGUAG